AUGGCAGAAGUUCUCGGUCGCUCGAUUGCUCAAAAGCGUUCUCACAGGUUGUGGAAAGGUAUUGAGAUUUCUCGUGGGGUGGAACCAACAACUCAUUCCCAGUUUUCUGACAAUACGUCUGGGUCACAGAGGUCUUUAGCCAGACCUUUUGGGAUUAUAAUUGGUCAUCUACGUGGGAAAUUCCUUGGAACGCUGCUCUUUGCUGGAGCAGGUAAGGCAAAGAUUUGGAAAGGGCUUCUUGAUGGUUGCAUUGCAAAAAUGGAGGGCUGGAAAAGCAAGUGGCUCACUUUGGCUGGUCGCCUUCUGAUGUUGAAGACAACGAUUUCAAAAAUGCCAAUUUUCUCUAUGGCUUGUUUUAAACUCCCAAGCAUGAUCAUUAAGAAUAUUCAACAGAAAAUGAGAAAAUUUAUGUGGAACGGUAGUCAAGAUUAG